UCCCUGCAGAUCUACAUUGGCUUUAAUCAAAGCCAAAAAAGGGGAAGACCUCAAAAUCACCAUGGAAGAAGAAUGGUCAGACCUAAACCUCCCAACCAAAACUCUAGACCUCGAUGCCGAUUUACAGAAUAAGCACGAAGCAAUGCUGGAUCGCCUGACCAAUCGCCACCAAGCUCGUUUAGACAAUUCACUGGCUCGCCGAUCCGACUCAACCAACCCCUCCGAAUCUACCUCCUCUUUUCUCUCCCGCUUCUCCGACUCCAAGCAAUCCAUCGACUCCCAACUCACCGACUCGCGUCUCAUUGCUCAAUCCGAUCCAUCUCGCCUCAAAUCUCAUUUCGCCAAUAUCUCCUACUCCAUCUCGGACCUCGAAAAACUGGUCGCCGAGAACUCUUACUUCCUUCCUUCUUAUGAAGUCCGCACUUCUCUCAAAACCAUCUCCGAUUUGAAGUAAUAUCUCGAUUUAAACUCCGAAUUGAUCCCCAGAAAGAAAUUCACCUUAAAAAACAAAGUCACAACGAAAAAGGAACUCUUGAAAGAACCAGAACCCGUAAAGUCCCACACCGUUUCAACUACCAAUUUUAAAAUCCCUAAUUCCCCAGGGUUUAGAAAUAAAACAUAUGAAACCCUAGUGAAGAAAUUCAAGGGGACGGAAAUUGGGGAAUUUACGCUAUCUGACCUGGAUUCGUGCGAAGUGAGAUUAAUCGGCUGCUGCAAUGCGGUUUUUAUGAAUAGAUUGACGAACUGCAAGGUUCACUUGGGGCCGGUAAUUGGGUCGAUUUUGAUAGAGGAAGUGGAAGGGUGUGUUUUCGUAUUGGCUACGCAUCAGAUAAGGAUUCAUUCGGUAAAAAGGUGUGAUUUUUAUUCGUGGGUGAGGAGUAGGCCGAUAAUUGAGGACAUCAAUGUUGUGAGAUUCGCGCCGUAUUGUUUGGAUUAUGAAGGGAUUGAGAUGGAUUUAGAGAAGGCAGGGUUGAGUGACGAGACGGGGAAUUGGGGGAAUGUAGAUGAUUUGAAGUGGUUGCGAGCUGUACAGUCGCCGAAUUGGUGUGUUUUGCCGGAGAAUGAAAAGGUUGGAAAGCUUCGGCUUGAGGAUUUUGAGAGCGUAAUUGAAGACUCAUGGCAAAUGAAAGAUGAAAGUUAUUAAAAUGAUGGCAAUCUUUAUGUUUCUGCUUUCCGUAAUUCGGCUUACACGUGUGCCUGCACUUGAGGUUAUUACUUUUAAAUGAUUAGGACUAAUUAUGUAUGGCAUUUUGGAGGUCUGAAGAAUCUUUUAUAGUUUAUGAUUAAAAAGUUGAAUAUAUUGGUUUCCUGAACUUUGGCUGAGUGGUUGGUUGUUUGUCCCACCAAAUUUCCCUCAUUUUCCUUUCAUUUUCCUCUCAAUGUGCAAUAUAAAUAGUGGGAAUUUGGAGGUAGCAAUUACAGGUAUUAGAUGAGACAAUCAUAAACAUGAUGCUGGCUUUUGGGUGUGGUUGGAUUGAGCUGAAAUAUGUUACCAACUUCUUUGGCUGCAUGGAUUCUUUCUGGAGCUAGCUGUGGGAAUCUUAAGCUCUCCUGUUAUCUGUUUGGUGGAAUGAGUUGGCCAUCUACUUAAAAGGCAAUUGUUUAAGUUUCCAUUUUAUGUACUGUGAUUGAGAAUUUAUCACUUAAACGAUCUUUGCCUAUGAUUUCUGUAUUAAUGAAUCAUGCAUGAUUUGGAGUUAAUGGUGCUUGUAGUCACUAGUAGACAAAUUACUUUUGGAGCAGGUCCGCUAGAGUGUUCUUAAAAGACAUGCUAAGGCAAAUGUUACAAAACAGAAAAAUUUUCUGCCUCUGGUGCAUCUACUUGUCCAGUGAAAGGAAAAAAGAAAAAUCCGCAUAUAUUUUUCCUCCGCCUUCACCAUUUUCUCAAUCUCAUAUCUCUGCUAUUUUGGAUUUCCACCGCUAAAAUCGCAAUUUAAUUGCAGAGCUCAGGUAAUCGUUUUCUUUUCUUUUCUAUAUUAUCCUUUUUUUUUUUUUUCACCUCACUUUGCCUCCUAGUUUCUCAGAGCAAUUCCAGGGCUUUGAAGCAGAGGCGCAUUGUGCUCCAGUUUGCAAAUGAGGACAGGCAUGCGUCUAAUUGAUCACAAUUUGUUAUUUAUCUCGGGAGUUGAUUGUAGUGAAAAUAGAAAUGUUAUUAUCCCAUAUAGCUUUAUGAAAUUGAAAUAGUUUAAAAUUGUUUCCAAUAGCACUUCCAUAGGCCGCUUAACAAUUUCCAGGUUUAUGCUGGCUUCGGAGAAAGGGGACUGUUUUAACUUUCCGGGGUUCUUCUACAUCUCUGCCAUUUAUGGAUACCCUAGCUUAAGAAAAGUCCCUCUUGUGGAGUUUGAAGUUGCGAAGGUGC